CAAAGCAUAGAGCCUGGAAAGUGACGAUUGAUUGAUUGAUGUAAGAGAGGGGUCUCUUGAUAAGGCUAAAUCCUAUGCCAUUUCCCUCUGCUCUCCCUUUUAAUCUAAUCUAAUAUAUCUCUGUCAAAGACAGACAGACAAUAAUAUGAAUAGAUUGUGAGAAGCUCGGUCAGCAGAUCAGUCAAUCGGAGAUGGGAAAAUCCACCUCACACGACAGCCGGCCAGUUAGCAUCUCAUUUGAUAUAGCUGCAGCCGCUUUGGCAAUUCAAGGAGAAGGCCAUUUUUGGUGUGCUUCCCCUUGGUACAUGUAGCUUACCCAAAAACAUCCCAAUACACUAAGACUUGAAUGAAUGAAAGCACCGUGACCGGAGAAGAAAAGAUGUGAAAGCGGGCAGGUGUGUCUUCCCGGUGCUACAGGCUGCUUUUUAUAUCGAGUCUCUCGCUGGAAGAAACAUCUGAACCGCACAUCUAAAGCUCCAUGCGAAGCUUGUUUAUGUCGCUCCAUGCUGUUGCCCCUGCCCAUUGAAAGAUGGACCAGUUUUCCUUUUCCACUAAAAGGCCCAUUCAGAAAUAAAGUCAUUGGACCACCUCCUCUCGUAGCAAAACCCUCUUCGUCUUUCCAGAUGGCUAAUGAAAUCUUCAAAGGCAAAGUAGCCGCCGAAACCAAUAAUUGGAUCUAAUAUCGGCAACCUCUCCUCUCCUCCCCUCCUCUAGAGGGAAAAAGAGAUAGCGAAAGGUAAGGUAAGGAAAGAGUCAAGUUUUGAGCUCCCCAAAAGAGUUAACCUUUAUAUUUAUUACGUAACCGCCCUCGCAAUCCUUCUCCAUUCACUGCUGGUAGACAUAAAUAACCCCAAACCGCGUUCGCAACCAAACCCAUCACUGCCCCCUCUCUCUACAUUUGUUUUAAUAAAAAUAAUAAUAGGAGGCAGAGAGAGAGAGACGAGAGAAUUUUAUUUUCCUUUUCCUUUUCAAUUAGCUAAUUGUACAAGAAGGGAAAGGAUAGGAGAAGGAUUACUACUAGUAGUAGAUCCGGCACCGGUUUGAAAGUAAUAAUGGAAGGAGUCGGGGCACGGCUGGGGAGGUCUUCCACUCGCUACGGGCCGGCCACGGUGUUCAGUGGGCCGGUGAGGAAGUGGAAGAAGAGAUGGGUCCAUGUCAACCCAUCAUCCACCCAAAACAGCAUUCACUCGCAUCACCAUAACGCUACCACUAAUGCUGCUGCUGCUGCUGCUUCUUCAGCCGCUAAUCAUUCGAGCUCUUCUAACGGUAAUAACGGCUCCCAUCUAUUGCUUUACAAGUGGACCCCUUUGUCUCAAUCCAACGGUUCCUCAUCUACUACUAACCACUUCAACGGUAAUAAUAUUAAUACUACUAACGAAAUUGCUAAUCUCUCCAAUGGCGACGUCACCGAGGAGCCUCCCAGGCGUAAAUUCAAAUACAUCCCGGUUGAUUUGCUAGAGAAACAGAAAAAAGAGGCUGAAGAACAAGAGGCAUCAGAAAAGUUUGAUGAUGAAUCAAAACCAAGUGAUACUGACCCUAAUGCUGCAGAGCCAGUUUCCAAGAGUGACAGUGCUGAUGAAAAACCUGACAUCAAUGAUGUACCGGAAGAAAAUCAGGAUGGUAAUCAGGUGGUACGACAAGACCUGAAUGAAAGCACUUUGGAUUUGAGUCUAGGCCUGCUCUCUUGAUGGUGACUGGUUCAAAAGACCUGUCCAGAGAUGGGCAGUUGAAAAGAGUGAAAUAGAAUGGUGUUGAUACAUUGCGGAACCAUUUCUUAAGAUUAUUGACAUAUAGGAUUUUUACCAAAUGGUGUAUUUUGUUGCGAAAUGGGAGACAAUUUUCCCUAUGAUCUAUUUGCCCGCCAGUUACUGAGGGAAAGGGUGUGAGUGGCAAAUGCAUUAACUAUUAGUUCAUUUGAAGACCUGUCCUGAGCUGAUUGCUAUUGUAAGAUGACGACAUCUAUUUUUUUAAUUAUUGGACAAUUGAUUUUCCCCCUUCUUUUUUUCUGGUUUUCUUGAAAUGUCAUUUGAGACUUGUGGUUUUGUAUGCCCAAAGGUAAAACGAUAGGUGAUUGAAACUUCUGUUCUAAACAUAAUGUUAGUGACUACUUUUUCUAAA